AUGAGUUCUAUUAAAAAAUUUAACUAUGUAUCUUCAAGUAUAAAUAAUGAAGCAAACCCGCCAUAUGAAGAGAUUGUGGGUAUACUUGAAUGGGAGUUAGAUCAAAAUAAGGAAAUCAAUAAAAACGUCGCUGGUUUACAUAAAUAUGCGAAGAAUAAUCAAAUAAAAGGAAAAUUGAAUAUUCAUAUUAUUCAACCAUUAAAAAAUUCAAAUCAUGUUAUGAUCGUCGAUAUUGUUAAUAGAGGAAUUCCAUUGUUUUGGUUUAUAGGGAAUAAUGCAACGAGCAUAACUCAGCUAGAUUUACCUUAUGCUAUUAAUGAUGGAUUUUAUUUACGACAAGGAUUUACAUAUGUUGCUUGUGGAUGGCAAGCGGAUUUAUUACCAUUACCUGGUAUAUUAGGAUUACGGUUAGAUGUUAAGGAUCAUAGUGAUGAUAGUGUAGUAAAAAUUAUGUCUGAAUUGGAUACCUCAACACAACAUUUUAUGAGUUCAGUAGAUAAUAGAAAUUUAAAAUUAACAGCAAAAGGUCAUGUUGGUAUAACAGUGAAUGAUAGUAACCAAAUUGAUGCUAAAUUAUUUGAACUCAAAUACUACAAUGAUAAACCAAUUGAAAUUCCAAGAGAUGAAUGGAGAUUCGGCAAAAUAAAUGAUAAUAAUGAAUAUGAACAAGAUGAUGAUUGGAUUUGUUAUAUGAAUGGAUUUAAAUUCGGUUACACAUAUCAAAUAAUAUUUGAUAGAAAGGGAGGUUAUCCGACAGGUAUUGCAUUAGCCAUAUUACGUGAUUGUAUUUCAUGGUUAAAAUACGGUAAUGAUAUUAUUUCAUCACCUAUUGGACAACUGAAUUAUGCAAUUGCAGUAGGUGGUUCACAAAGCGGUCGACUAUUACGUACAUGGGUAAAUGAUGAUUUUAAUGUUGAUGAGAAAAAUCGAGAAAUAUUUGAUGGAAUAUCAAACUGGGUUUCGGGUAGUUCAAGAGGACAGUUUAAUCAAUAUUUUGGACAACCAUCAGUAGCAUUUCCUCAUUUAUCUCCAAUACAAUUUCCAUUUACAAUUACAGAAUCAGUUGAUCCGGCCACAGAUCAUAUUGGUUCAUUACAUGAAAACAUAGAUAAAAGAAAAAGUAAAUUAAAAGUAUUCUACAUUAAUACUAGUAUUGAAUAUCAUAGAGGUGAUGCAUCAUUACUUCAUACAUCAUUAAAUGGCGAAAAAGAUAUUCCGAUUUCAUCAAAUUCAAGAGUUUAUCUCUUGUGUGGAUGUCCACAUAAUCCCAUGCCUGAUUGGCCUCCAAGUUUUGCCAAUGGAUUAAAAAAUAAUAUUUAUAUACAACAAAAUUAUUAUAUACCUGUACAUUUAAGUCCAUUUUAUCGUGCUCAGUUAUUAUUAUUAACAAAAUGGAUUACUCAGUCUAUUGAACCACCUAAAAGUAUUUAUCCAACAUUGAAAUCAAAUUCAUUAGUUUUACAUGAAAAAGUUUAUCAAUGGUUUCAAUCAAUUCCAAACUCGAAUCCACCAGAAAAUAAAUCCAUUAGUCGAUUAUGGAGACGUGAUUUUGGAUAUUCAUUCAACGAUGUUCCAUCAAUUGAUGAAAAUGGUAAUGAUGUUGAUGGAAUAUUAUUACCUCAUAUUGUUGUUCCUUUAGCAACUUAUACUGGAUGGGCUCUACGUCAUCCUAAUUUUGGUGGUGAAUGGAAAAUUAUGAUGAUAAGUGGAAGUCUAAUACCAUUUUCAAUUACAAAAUCAAUGAGACUAUUAUCAAAUGAUCCUAGAUUAAGUAUUGAAGAACGUUAUACUACAAAGGAACAAUACUUGAAUAAAACUAAUGAAGCUACUUUAGAUUUAAUUCAAAAACAAUUUUUACUCGAAGAAGAUUUACAAUCAAUCAUUUUGUUUUCAUCGAAAUUAUGGGAUUGGAUAUACUCAUUAUAG